AUGGAUUUUUUGCAGGUGAAGAGAGCCGAACUCGCAAAAGAAAUGUGUGGUUUAGUCUGUAUUUUGUCUGCUCUAAUUGAAGAUAAAGCAGAAACGAAAGAUAUGGCGAAUAUAAUGGAGAGAAUGGAACAGCAUAUGAGAAAGAUUACCGAGGGCUUGAAGGCGAAAUCCACGCAAGUGAAAGAGGUUCACAAAAACUGUUCCUAUUAUGUGAUAUAAUUUACAGUAUUAUUAUUACCAAUGCCAUAAUUAUCACCAUCAUCCUGCAUUCACUGAAAUAUGUGUACCAUGUACCAUCACGACCAUCGUCAUUAUCACUACUAUUCUAAUUACCAUCAUCCUUUAUGCAGAAUUACCACCACUAUUACCAUCACGACCAUCGUUAUCAACACCAGUGUAAUCACCAUCAUCAAAUGUUCACCAUGCUGCAUGCACCAUUGUCAAUAUCAGCACUGCUGUAAUUACCAUCACCCUUCAUGCAUAAUUACAAUCACCACCAUCGUCAUUAUCACCACUAGUGUGAUCACCAUUAACCUACAUGCAUAAUUACCAUCGUCGUUAUCACACACUCUGCAUGCACAGCUGGGCACACUAUAUCAUCAUUGCUGAGGAUUUUGGCAGGAAUGGAACCUUCUGCCCUGCGAGGCCUAUGGUUGCACUUUUUGCAACUGCUCCUGGUUAUAUUAGGUAUAAUAAAUGUAUUAAAUUUACACUCGGCAAUGGACCAUUCCCCCAAUUAACCAAAAUUUUGAUCUCAACAAGUCUAGACAAAAUUCCAUCACAGCUUGAAAGAGCAUCAUAAAGUUAGUAAUAUUCCAAAGUUUCGUUGCGAAAUGUUGUAAAAUGCGGAUAAUAUAGCCUUGCGAAAUUUGCAAUUUUCAGUCAUUUUAGAUUACAAACGGGAAAUGGUUACCACUUUUCCAAAAUUUUGAUCUUAUUAACUAGUCUAAACAAAAAUUUCAUCACAGCUUGAAAGAGCAUCACAAAAUUAGUAAUAUUCCAAAGUUUCGUUGCAAAAUGUUGUGAAAUUCGGAUAAUAUAGGCUUGCGAAGUUUGUAAUUUUCAGUCAUUUUGUAUUACGCACAGAAGUGGUUUAACAACCAUUUCCCGUUUGUAAUCUAAAAUGACUGAAAAUUGCAAACUUCACAAGGCUAUAUUAUCCGCAUUUUACAACAUUCUGCAACGAAACGUUGGAAUAUUACUAAUUUUGUGAUGCUCUUUCAAGCUGUGAUGAAAUUUUUGUCUAGACUUGUUGAGUUCAAAAUUGUGGUUAAUUGGGGAAUGGUCCAUUUCCAUCUACAAAAUCCUUCAGCAAUCAGUUCUAUCAAGUGAGAAUGCCCAAAAUCCCAGUACUUACCCACAUUAUAUACAACCAUUACUUUCUAUAUUUUCUACUUUAGAAAAAUGUAGAGAUUUACGUUAACGCGCUUCGACAAAAAUGGGAGAAAGUGAAGUCAAACGACUUGCUCAAUCAUCUCCAGAAAAAACAACGACUAAUGCCUGGCAAGCUUGAAGGAGCUCUGGUAGACAUGUCAAGAAGUUUACAGACGUUAUUUGGAGCUGCUUAUUGUGCUGGUGAUACGGUCAAAGGACCUUCUAUCAGCAUACAUCAUGCAAAAGCGUUGUACAGAAUACAGGAGAUGGUUCAGAAAGAAUUGAAGGAUUAUAAAGGAUUUUUAUCAGUCAAGGGUGAGCGCAAUGUGACCAUGACAAGAUAUCCUUUUUUCUCGCACAUGUAA